AUGGAGUACCCGCCGCCUUAUCACGAUAAUGAUGUAGGCCCAUUUUCAAGCGUCACGUACUCGCUGGCCCCUAAUGGUCCUGGCCUGCAGGAGCUUGAUUUGAAGUUGCGUGACCGCGACGUGGUCCUCAUGGUCGAGGGUGAUGAUGACGAUAACACCGUGCGCAUAUUACACCUGCUUAAUGUGCGCGAGGACACGCUCGCUGAGGCCAAAACAGCCGUUGAUGGCCUCCUAGGCCAGUUGAGGCCGCUGGGCGGCGGUGACAACACUGGACAUACCGUGUUUGAGAUGUUCGACAAGGUUUUCAGCGAAAUAGCAAGUCCAGUCGCCUGCCUUGUGGAAGACACCAACGAUUUUGAGCUGAAAUUAAGAGAUAUCGACGAAGACGAUUUGGUUUAUCCCAAGAGAGAAGCAGACACAAUCUCCGAGCUCUUCAACCCGGUCGCUGAGCUCCAAGCGGCCUGCAGGGACUUCAUUGACCGAGUGGAAGCAAUUCAUUCCAAGUCAAAAAUGUAUAGCGCUGAAAGCUGCUCCAAGAGAAAGGCUACGAUGUUAUUCAGGGUAUAUGAAUCAGUUCAUAUAGAUCUUCUUAUCUAUGCCAAAGAACAGAGCGCGAAGGGUGGUCUAGUCUUUGAUUGGGAUAGAGGGGAAUACCCCGAGUAUAGGAGGAUCAUGAGACAGCCGAGAUACCAUAUGCAUUUCGAUGAGGGCCAGAAUUUCGAUCACAUACUCGGCGAUUAUCCCUCGAACCCGUCUAAAGACCGCGGGGAAUAA